CCGGCGGCCGCAGCGCUGCCCGCUCCCGGCGGCGGCGGAGCGAGCGCGCACACGUGACGCGGCGCUCGGUGCUCCUACACCGCCGCGCACACACACACACACACACAUACACAUACACACGCUCACACACACGCACACCCGGCGCUGCCCUCGGCUCCUCCGGCCGCGUUCUCCGCCUCCCGCUCCCGUCCGCACUCGUCCGCCGGCCGCGCAGGGCGAAGCGCGCUCCGAGGCGGCAGCACCGGCACCGGCGGCGGCGACCGCGAAAGAGGCGGCGAGAGUUCGCGUGCACCGGCUGCUGCGUGCCCGCCCGGCGAGCGGUGCGCCCGGAGAAUGGCCGGCUGCGGGCUGUCUGAAGACGCGUUCUUCUCCUCCUUCUUUUACAACUACACCGCCUCCUGGGAGACCUCCUACAACCAGUGUGCUGCCUUGGUUGGCGAAGACCAGCCUCUCUGCCCAGACCUCCCAGAACUUGACCUCUCCGAACUAGACGUGAACGACCUGGAUGCAGACAGCUUCCUGGGGGGGCUCAAGUGGUACAGUGACCAGUCUGAGGUCAUCUCCAACCAGUACAGCAAUGAGCCUGCCAACAUCUUUGAGAAAAUAGAUGAAGAGAAUGAGGCAAACUUGCUAGCGGUUCUCACUGAGACACUGGACAGCAUCCCUGUGGAUGAGGAUGGAUUGCCUUCAUUUGAUGCACUGACAGAUGGAGAUGUGACCAAUGAACAUGACGCCAGCCCUUCCCCGAUGCCCGAUGGCACCCCUCCGCCCCAGGAGGCAGAAGAGCCGUCUCUACUCAAGAAGCUCUUGCUGGCUCCAGCCAACACUCAGCUAAAUUACAAUGAAUGCAGUGGUCUCAGCACACAAAACCAUGCAAACACAAAUCACAGGAUCAGAACAAGCCCUGUGGUUGUUAAGACUGAGAAUUCGUGGAGCAAUAAAGCGAAGAGCAUUUGUCAACAACAAAAGCCACAAAGACGUCCCUGCUCUGAACUUCUCAAAUAUCUGACUACGAAUGAUGACCCUCCUCAGACCAAACCAGCAGAGAACAGGAACAGCAGCAAAGAGAAAUGCACCUCCAAAAGGAAGCCCCAUCUGCAGUCUCAGACAAAUCAUCUGCAAGCCAAACCAACGAGUUUAUCACUUCCGUUGACGCCUGAGUCUCCAAAUGAUCCCAAGGGUUCCCCAUUUGAGAACAAGACUAUUGAACAAACCUUAAGUGUGGAACUCUCUGGAACUGCAGGCCUAACUCCACCUACAACCCCUCCUCAUAAAGCCAACCAGGAUAAUCCUUUCAGGACUUCACCUAAGCCGAAGUCAUCAUGCAAGACUAUUGCACCACCUUCAAAAAAGCCCCGUUAUAGUGAGUCUUCCAGUUCUCAAGGAAACAACCCAGUCAAGAAGGGUCCAGAACAGACUGAGCUGUAUGCACAGCUUAGCAAGACUACAGCACUGUCCAGUGGACAUGAGGAGAGAAAGACAAAACGGCCCAGUUUGCGGCUGUUUGGUGACCACGACUACUGUCAAUCUGUGAAUUCAAAGUCGGAAAUACACAUUAAAAUAUCCCAGGAACUUCAGGACUCCAGACAACUAGAAUUUAAGGAUUCUUCACCUGGGUGGCAGUGUCAGAUUUGUUCUUCUUUAGAACAAGACCAGUAUAAAGAGACUUUACAGACAAGUAAGCAGGGAUCCCAAGGUAAUAACAGAAAACAGCUCCAAGACCAGGAAAUUCGGGCUGAACUGAAUAAGCAUUUUGGUCACCCCAGCCAAGCUGUUUUUGAUGAAGAAGCAGAUAAGACCUGUGAACUAAGGGACAGUGAUUACAGUAAUGAACAAUUUUCCAAACUACCUAUGUUUAUAAAUUCAGGACUAGCAAUGGAUGGUCUCUUUGAUGACAGUGAAGAUGAAAGUGAUAAACUAUGCUACCCUUGGGAUGGGACACAAGCCUAUUCAUUAUUUGACGUAUCGCCUUCUUGCUCUUCUUUUAACUCUCCAUGCAGAGAUUCAGUAUCUCCACCCAAAUCCUUAUUUUCUCAAAGAUCCCAAAGGACACGCUCUAGAUCAAGGUCCUUUCCUCAACGCAGGUCUUGUUCCCGUUCUCCAUAUUCCCGAUCGAGAUCAAGGUCACCCUGUAGUAGAUCCUCUUCAAGAUCUUGUCACUGUUAUGAGUCCAGCCACUGUAGACACCGAGCACACCGAAGUUCUCCCUCACGUGCAAGAUCGCGAUCCAGAUCACCGUACAGUCGCAGACCCAGAUAUGACAGCUAUGAGGAAUAUCAGCAUGAAAGGCUGAAGAGGGAAGAAUACCGCAAAGAGUAUGAAAAACGGGAAUCUGAAAGGGCCAAACAAAGGGAGAGACAGAGGCAGAAAGCAAUUGAAGAGCGUCGUGUGAUUUAUGUGGGUAAAAUCAGACCUGACACAACCCGAAAAGAACUGAGGGACCGAUUUGAAGUUUUUGGUGAAAUCGAGGAGUGCACAGUAAAUUUGCGGGAUGAUGGAGACAACUAUGGUUUCAUCACCUACCGCUAUACUUGUGAUGCCUUUGCUGCUCUUGAGAAUGGAUACACUUUACGCAGGUCAAAUGAACCUGACUUUGAGCUGUACUUUUGUGGACGCAAGCAGUUUUGCAAGUCUAACUAUGCAGACCUAGAUUCAAACUCAGAUGAUUUUGAUCCUGCUUCCACUAAAAGCAAGUAUGACUCCAUGGAUUUUGAUAGUUUACUUAAAGAGGCACAGCGGAGUCUGCGCAGGUAACAAGUAUCACACCCGAGGAAAAUGGAGGGAUGUUGAAUACCUCACGGACAUCACGUCCUUCAAUAAUGGACAAUUAAAAGUCAUACUUACUUAGGAAUUUCUCCUACUUUACACUCUCUGUUCAAAACCAUGGUUUACAUGAACACAGCUGCUCGAGGAGGGAGGAGGCAGAAAGGCUUUUCAGCAAGCACACACGUGUCCAUGGGUGUCAGCUUUGCUUUCGCGGGUGACCGGUGGCAGGGCAGCCCGCGGUCCUCUCGCGACCGAGGGCAAACCACAUGUCAUGGCAGCAGUUCCACAGAGAUAUACUUACAACGUAGAACUUCAAAAUGUGUACAUAGUGCAUUUUAACACAAUGAAGACAAAAGCAAAGCGAAAAAAAAAAGAACAAAUUUGCGAACUAUGGCUGCUGAUGUCUGGGAAUCAGACACUGCAUAUUUUUUUUUAUUUAAAUGAAGCUUCUUCUCACAACACAGUGAUAAAAUGACAAUCCAGAAGAGACCCCAAGUCCCACAAGCCUGCAGUGU